AUGGCAUCGCUGCGAGCAAGCCGAAUCGCAAAGCAGGGACUCCCGCCGGGGAUCGAUCUAAUAUCGGGAGAGGACAUGCGAGAAUGGCAAUUUGAUAUCCGUGUCCUUGACGGCAACCCGCUUUAUCACAACCAGAUAUUCAGACUCAAGAUUGUCUUUGGCGACUCGUACCCGAUUGAGCCACCUGAGGCCACAUUUGAACUAGGUCCAGACCGUCACAUCCCGAUGCACCCGCACAUUUACUCGAAUGGCAUCAUUUGUCUCGACUUGCUAGGUAACCAGGGCUGGAGCCCGGUUCAGAGUGCGGAGAGCGUCUGCAUGAGCAUCCAGAGCAUGUUGACAAGCAACUCGAAGGACGAGAGGCCGCCUGAUAAUGAGCAAUUUGUCAAGGGCAACCGUCGACGCCCCCGUGACAUUGAUUUUGUUUACCACGACAACGACGUUUAA